CUGUAAAGUGUUUAAAUAAUAUGUUUUAUCUUUAGUUUUGAGCAGCAGUGGAGAAUGAAGACAGAUGCAGUGAUUGAUGUAUUCAUCAGUGAAGGCUAUUUAUUCACGACUAAUGAUAUUAAUAUAUGUGACAUUUCAAUGAGUCAGUACAUCUGCUCAGUCCAGAUCCCAGAAUCUAAAUUCACAAGAGCAUGCACACACAUGUUGGCAUAUAUAUGAUUUUCGGGGACAUUUCAAUAGACGCAGUGCAUUUUAUACUGCACAAACUGUUAUAUUCUAUUCCACUAACCAGUCCCUAACCCCAAUGUCACAACAACCUGUUGGCAGUCUUUAAUCUAUGAAAAAGUAUCAUUUAGUAUGUUUUUUUAGAGUUCAGUUAAUGGGGACAUUUCCUGUGUCCCCGUAAACCAUAGCAUAGUUAACAUGUCAUUAUACAUGUCUCCGUAAACCACAUAUGCCGUCCCCCCCCCCCACACAAAUUGUACUCAGUAGUAAAUAUAAAUGUAAUAUGUUUGUGUGUAAUUCAAGACAGAUGUCUUUCCUCACAUUUGAAGGACAAACCAGCAGUAAAAACAUUCAGUUGUUUAUACUGACUGAACCUUGAACCAUUCAAGGCAACUUUACAACAUAUUAGCACCUAAAACUAGACAGAAUUUUUUUUUUUAUUUUUUUUUUUAUGUAAAAAAGAGCCAUAUUGUGCAAGCAAACAAACGAAACCAAUUUUUAACAGAAAUAUUUUAUUGUAAUAUAUUUGAAUUCUAAAAAUUAAAUGUUAUCAAAACAGUUGGACCAAACUGAGGUGACGUAGCUGAGGACCUACACCUACAUGCCACAUCUUACAGUAAUUGCCAAAAACAUAUAUAUUUUGAAGCAUAUCUGAUUUAUUCCGGUAACAUAUACUGUAGUCAUACAAGAGUUGUCCUUAUUUUACAGAAGAUUUUUUAGGUCAUUGUUUUAUAGACUAACUAACUUUUGUAGUGUUAUGGUAGAAUGAGCUGAUUUUUAUGAAGUGUUUUGAUAAUUUUAGCGCAUUUUGAAUGUAAACUAAACUGCUGUGCAAAGAUGAAAGAUGUUUUGGAGAACUAUGUGAAAAAGAGUUGAGAUGUAAAUGUUAAAUCCAUCAGUGGCUGGUGGACCAAUUCAGAGGAAACCCAAUCAUCUCUCAGUAUGAAAAGUUGUAUGUUGGUUCCGAGUGCUGCUCUGUCAUUGGUCAAACUCCUUCAGGGUUUCUGCUGUGACCUCCGUCUCCAAACCAAGGUUGUGAUAAUGACCCACCCACAUAACUCCCCUCCAUCAGAACACUUAUAUAGCACUGAAAACAGGCUGAUACUUAUCCCUGCUCAGAUACACACACACAUUAGCUGCAUAUUAAUGUCAAAUUUAUAAAAACGAUUAUCUAUAGGAUUGUAUUACCAUGUCCAGCAUCUCUUCAGUGACUCUGCUGUAUUGUUUCUGUGCUGGUCUGCUGGUACUGCUAUUGGUGAAAUGCAUGCUGGGACAGCACAGGUCCUCCAGAAGUGGCGUGUCAGUGCCGUGUUUGCCGAGGUUGCCGGUCGUGGGGAGUUUACUACAUCUGCGCUCACCUCUGCCUCCUCAUCUGCUCUUCACGCAGUUGGCCGGGAAGUACGGAUCUCUAUUCGGUUUGUACGUGGGUCCACAUUACACGCUGGUGGUGAGCGAGGUGAGUCUGGUGAGAGAGGUUCUGCUGCAGCGUGGACGAGAGUUUGCUGGACGACCCAAGAUGGUCACGACAGAUCUUUUGACACACGGCGGGAAAGACAUCGCAUUUGCAGACUACAAUACACUGUGGAAGAACCAUCGGCGACUGGUGCAGUUUUCAUUUACUCUGUUUGGGGAGGGAUCCAAUAAACUACAGUCCAUUGUUCUGGAUGCUGCAGACAGUCUCUGUGAGGAGCUUCAGACCUGCAGCGGUCAGAGUUUAGAUCUCAGUCCUGUUUUAAUGGGAGCCGUGACUAAUGUGAUGUGUAGGCUGGUGUUCAACUCCUCAUACCAACCCAAUGACCCUGAACUUCUCAAGGUCAUGGACUAUAAUAAUGGCAUCAUCCAGACCAUCGCUAGAGGAGGACUCGUCGACAUCUUUCCCUGGUUAAGAAUUUUUCCCAACAAGGACCUGGACAAGCUGAAACAGUGUAUAUCUGUUAGAGAUCAACUUAUAGGCAAGAAACUUCUGGAGCACAAGAUGACCCUUACCCAUGGAGAGCCAUGUGAUCUGCUGGAUGCUCUUCUGAUUGGUCAGAUGAAGGGGUCAGGUGGGGAGGAUAACAUCACAGAUGAUCAUGUGCUCAUGACUGCAGCGGAGGCUUUUGGAGCGGGCGUGGAGACCACGUCCACAACACUGCUGUGGACAAUAGCCUUUUUACUCCAUCAUCCUCAGGUGCAGGAACGUAUCCACAAUGAGCUGGAUGAGGUUCUAGGUAGGAACCGCCCACCUGCUCUGAGUGACAGGUCCAGUUUGCCAUUUCUAGAGAGCGUUGUUUGCGAGGUGAUGCGGAUUCGUCCAGUCAGCCCAAUCCUCAUUCCACAUGUUGCUAUGCAGGACACCAGUUUGGGAGGUCACACAGUUUCUAAAGGAACCAGAGUUCUGGUGAACAUGUGGGCGAUCCACCACGACCCCAAACACUGGGAUGAGGCAGACAGAUUUAGACCCGAAAGAUUCCUGGACACAUCUGGGAAGAGAAUCACUCCAGAAAGUUUUCUGCCGUUCGGGGCCGGACCUCGCGUGUGCGUGGGUGAAUCUCUGGCAAGAAUUGAGCUCUUUCUGUUCAUCAGCUGUCUCUUGCAGAGGUUUAACUUCAGCGUGCCAUCAGGAGCUCCUUUACCAGACCUUCAGGGACGCUUCGGCGUAGUGCUACAACCAAAACGCUACACUGUCAGAGUUACACCGCGGUACUGACAGCCAUUUACUCUAAACCAGUGGUCACCAAUCGUGUUCCUAUAGAUCUUUUGUUCUGCAAAGUUCAGCUUCAACCCCUGUCAAGCACACCUGCCAAAUAAGCACAUAAUUUUAUGUAUUUGGUGUAACCCAACGUGUUCGUGUGAUUUAUGGUUCAAAAACGCAUUACUGUGAUCCGAUUGGCCACCUAUCCAGAGCUUUGUGAUUGUGCGAAUACCUCAAUUGCGUAAACAGAAAUGUGACGUUUCUUACACUGUUUGAAAGAUUAGCCCCCAAAGCAAUAGUGAAAGCCAGGAGUUAUAUUGUCUUUACUACCUGAGCACUACAAACCUGAAUCUGACCCAGAAAACGCAGAUGACCAAGCUGAUCGAUCAACUUUACCAGCCUGGCUUGAGUAGGGUGACCAUACGUGCCAUUCUUCCCGGACGCGUCCUGACCAGGAUUUCCGGUUCGUCUUCCGGAAGUCGUAUUUGUCAUAGAGGAUUAUUUUUAUUAUUACAGAAAGCAACCGUUACAUUUUAAGGUAAGAAUGAAACUACCAUUGUAUGUCUUAUGUUUUUAACUGAAUGGCGUAUGCAAUCAACAAAUAAGACUUCCAGAAGAGGCACCAAAAUCCUGGCCAGGACGCGUCCGGGAAGAAUGGCAUGCAUGGUCACCCUAGGCUUGAGCAGAACGUAACAGAUUGGGAAGGAUACUUAAAUAUAAAAUCAUGUCUGCAUUUGUAACGAUUUUUUGAAUGAUGUGUUUUGGAAGGCGUUGAUGAGGAUUUCUUUGGGUUUGUAACGUACAUUUUUUGCAACUUUACAGAUCUUCUAUAUGCCCAGACAUCUUUAACACUCUAACAAAGACAAACAUGAAAUCAGGUCAUAUGACUCCUUUAAAAAAAUGGCAAAUGUGUGUUGAAGCAGUAGAUCAGUGCUUCCUAAUCCUUGUCCUCAACCCCCCCCCCCAAAAAAAGGUUUUAGAUGUCUCCUUAUUGAACACACCUUAUUUAACUCAUCAGCUUGUUAGGGAGACAUGUUUAUCAUUUUGUAAGGAGGCUGAUAAGUUGAAUCAGGUGUUUUAAAUAAGGAGACAUCUAAAACUUUUUGGGAGGGGGUGCUCAAGGACCAGGAUUGCGAAGCGAUGCAGUAGAUCUCCAAAAACAGGGUUGGGGUGAUCCCUGCUGUAACACUACAUUUAUAAUGUAAAUAUUUCCACUGCUAACCACUAGAUGAUGCCAUUUAAUUUUUUAGGUCACCAUCUCUAAAUUCCUAAGUUGUUUCUGUUUCACUAGCUCACUACACUGCAAAAAAUGACUUUCUUACUUAGUAUUUUUGUCUUGUUUUUAGUAAAAAUGUUUAAAAAUUCUAAAAACAAAAUGCAUUUUCUUGAUGAG